UCGGCAGCUACAGCAGCCUUCAGUUGCAAGGAGGACGUUUUCCCACUAACUACGCUUCAGAGCCUAAAGCUGAGGCAUAGGUGCAGGCUAAGGCUGGGGUUCCUGCUGCUGCUGCUCCGGAGCAGCCUCGCCCCUCGGCGGCAGCACAGGUGGUGGCGGCGGCGGCGGCUGCGCUGAGCUAGGGAGGGAGGGCAGCUGCUCUCCGGAGCAGCUUAGACGCAGCAUCAGUAGGCGCGCGCUCGAAGAGAGAAGGAAGAGAGAGAAGAGGCAGCUGUGUCUUUACUGGGUCUGCUCCAGCUACAUCCAGCGGCGGAUGUGCGGGAGGAGGAGGAGAAGGCGGAGGCAGCAGCAGAAGGGAUAGAUAUCGGCGGUGGCACCACGACGGCUGCACUACAGCGCCGCUGCUGUGCUUGCUGUAAGAGCCCCGGAUAAGAUAGCUGGAAGCACCAACAGUGGUGGAGGAAGCCAAGGAACCAGAGACUUUGCCUCGGUAGCAGGCUGUAAAGGAGCCUUAUCCUUAACUGCUUUUUUCUCUUUCCUGCCCAGCAUCACUUGUCCCGGAGCCACGCACAGACAACAAAAGCGAAAGAUGCUGCAGUUGGGCAAGGUCAGGACCUUGCACUGAAGCCUGGAGGCGGCGCACACACCUUUCCCUGGAAUUGAGGAUUUGUCUGUUUUGGUGGGUGCAUGUUUGGGAGAAAGCAGACAGGCUCAACGCCUUUUGGAGCUAUGCCUGUUCCAGACCAGCCUUCAUCUUCAGAAAAGACUAGUUCCCUGAGCCCUGUGUUGAAUACAUCCAAUGGGGAUGGAUCUGAAACUGAGACAACCUCUGCCAUUCUUGCAUCAGUCAAAGAACAGGAACUACAAUUUGAAAGACUGACUCGAGAACUGGAGGCUGAACGCCAGAUUGUAGCCAGCCAACUGGAGAGAUGUAAGCUUGGAUCGGAGACUGGAAGCAUGAGCAGCAUUAGUUCAACAGAAGAACAGUUUCAUUGGCAAACACAAGAUGGUCAGAAGGAUAUAGAGGAUGAACUCACAACUGGUCUUGAACUGGUAGACUCCUGUAUAAGAUCGCUUCAAGAAUCAGGAAUACUUGAUCCCCAGGACUAUUCAACUAGUGAAAGGCCCAGCCUUCUCUCCCAGAGUGCACUUCAGCUCAAUUCCAAACCUGAAGGGUCUUUCCAGUACUCAGCCAGCUACCAUAGCAACCAGACCCUUGCCCUGGGUGAAACAACACCUUCCCAACUCCCAGCUCGAAGCAGUCAAGCCAGAGCUGCUAUCCAGAGCUUCAGCCAGGGCACAACUAGCCGAGCAGCCCAUUUAGCUGGAUCUGAACCCUCUCAAUCACAUGCUGCCUCUCAGUCAAGAGAGUCCUUUGUGCCGAGCCAUGGGAGCGCGUUCCAUUUGCCUGACUCCCAGCAUUCUUCAGCCCUUUAUUAUUCCAGCUCCACUCUGCCAGCACAGAGAGUGAGCUCUCCCUUGUCCAUGCAGCAGGUAGGCUCUCCCACAAAGCUCCAGCGGGUGGGGUCAGCCUCAGAGAGCACUGGAUACAGCACCACACAGCGGGUCUCCUCUCCUAAGCAGUCUCCAAGCCGGCUAGCCAAGUCAUAUAGCACCAGCUCACCCAUCAAUAUUGUUGUGUCUUCAGCUGGACUUUCUCCUUCCCCAAUACGUGUGACCUCUCCACCAACCAUCCAGUCUAAUAUUUCAUCCUCUCCUAUUCAUCAGCUAAGCUCAACCAUUGGCACUUAUGCUACCCUAUCUCCUACAAAACGUCUAGUCCACACGUCAGACCAGUACAACAAGCAUUCACAGGAACUGUAUGCCACUGCUACCCUUCAGAGACCUGGCAGUCUGGCAGCUGGGUCUCGGGCAUCUUACAGCAGCCAACACAGCCACCUUGGUUCCGAAUUGAGGGCACUACAGUCUCCAGAACACCACAUAGAUCCCAUAUAUGAAGACAGAGUGUAUCAGAAGCCCCCUAUGCGGAGUCUCAGCCAGAGUCAGGGAGACCCUUUGCAGCCAGCCACCUAUCGCACUAGUACAGCCCCAUCUUCCCCUGGUGUCGACUCCGUACCCUUACAGCGCACAGGCAGUCAGCACGGCACACAGAAUGCAGCAUCGACCUUCCAGAGGGCCAGUUACGCUGCAGGCCCAGCCUCCAAUUACGCAGACCCCUACCGACAGCUGCAGUAUUGUCCUUCUGUCGAGUCACCAUACAGCAAAUCUGGGCCUGCCAUACCACCAGAAGGGACUUUGGCUAGGUCACCUUCCAUUGAUAGCAUUCAGAAAGAUCCCAGAGAAUUUGGAUGGCGAGAUCCUGAACUUCCUGAAGUGAUCCAGAUGCUUCAGCAUCAAUUCCCUUCUGUGCAGUCGAAUGCUGCAGCCUAUUUGCAACAUCUCUGUUUUGGAGACAAUAAAAUUAAAGCAGAGAUAAGAAGACAAGGAGGCAUACAGUUAUUGGUGGACCUGUUGGACCAUCGGAUGACAGAAGUCCAUCGUAGUGCCUGUGGAGCUUUGAGGAACUUGGUGUAUGGGAAAGCUAAUGAUGAUAACAAAAUUGCCCUGAAAAACUGUGGGGGCAUCCCAGCAUUAGUACGGUUACUACGCAAGACUACUGAUCUGGAGAUCCGAGAACUGGUCACAGGAGUCCUUUGGAAUCUUUCUUCAUGUGAUGCACUUAAAAUGCCAAUUAUCCAGGAUGCCCUUGCAGUGUUGACCAAUGCAGUCAUCAUCCCUCACUCUGGAUGGGAAAAUUCACCACUCCAGGAUGAUCGGAAAAUACAGCUCCAUUCUUCACAGGUGCUGCGUAAUGCCACUGGGUGCCUAAGGAAUGUUAGUUCUGCUGGAGAGGAAGCCCGCAGAAGAAUGAGGGAAUGUGAUGGACUUACGGAUGCAUUGCUUUAUGUGAUUCAGUCUGCUCUGGGGAGCAGUGAAAUUGAUAGCAAGACCGUUGAAAACUGUGUGUGCAUUUUGAGGAACCUCUCCUACCGACUUGCAGCAGAAACAUCUCAGGGACAGCAGAUGGGAACCGAUGAGCUUGAUGGACUGCUAUGUGGUGAUGCCAAUGGCAAGGAUGCUGAGAGCUCUGGGUGUUGGGGCAAGAAGAAGAAGAAAAAGAAAUCCCAAGAUCAGUGGGAUGGCGUGGGACCUCUGCCUGACUGUGCAGAACCCCCAAAAGGAAUCCAGAUGCUGUGGCACCCUUCAAUAGUCAAACCCUACCUCACACUUCUUUCCGAGUGCUCAAACCCGGACACUCUAGAAGGUGCAGCAGGUGCCCUGCAGAAUUUGGCUGCAGGUAGCUGGAAGGGCUGUGAGGAGGAUGUGGCAGGCAUGGUUCAUGCCCUACGUACACUGCCAGAGGGGGCACCCUGCCUGCCACAGUGGUCAGUGUAUAUUCGUGCUGCUGUCCGAAAAGAAAAAGGUCUACCAAUCCUAGUGGAGCUGCUGCGAAUAGACAAUGAUCGGGUGGUAUGUGCAGUUGCAACAGCUUUACGGAAUAUGGCCUUAGAUGUCAGAAAUAAAGAAUUAAUAGGCAAGUAUGCCAUGAGAGACCUGGUCCAUCGGCUUCCGGGAGGAAACAACAGCAACAGCUCAGCCAGCAAGGCCAUGUCUGAUGACACGGUUACUGCCAUCUGUUGUACUCUGCACGAAGUGAUAACUAAGAACAUGGAGAAUGCCAAGGCCUUACGGGAUGCUGGAGGCAUUGAGAAGUUGGUUGGCAUCUCCAAGAGUAAGGGAGACAAACAUUCUCCAAAAGUGGUAAAGGCAGCAUCUCAGGUCCUCAACAGCAUGUGGCAGUACAGAGAUCUGAGGAGUCUCUACAAAAAGGAUGGAUGGUCACAGUAUCACUUUGUAGCCUCAUCUUCAACAAUAGAAAGAGAUCGGCAAAGACCAUAUUCUUCAUCACGAACACCCUCCAUUUCUCCUGUGCGCAUGUCUCCUAACAAUCGCUCAGCAAGUGCCCCAGCCUCACCUCGAGAAAUGAUCAGCCUCAAAGAGAGGAAAACAGAUUAUGAGUCCACCGGAACAAAUGCCACUUACCAUGGAACUAAAGGAGAACACACUUCCAGGAAAGAUACCAUGACAGCUCAAAACACUGGAAUUUCAACUUUAUAUAGAAAUUCUUAUGGUGCACCUGCUGAAGAUAUCAAACAUAACCAGGUUUCAGCACAGCCAGUCCCACAGGAGCCCAGUAGAAAAGAUUACGAGACCUACCAGCCGUUUCCGAAUUCCACAAGAAACUACGAUGAGUCCUUCUUUGAGGAUCAAGUCCAUCACCGUCCACCUGCCAGCGAAUACAACAUGCACCUGGGACUGAAGUCCACCGGCAACUAUGUCGACUUCUAUUCAGCGGCUCGUCCCUACAGUGAACUGAACUAUGAAACAAGCCACUACCCAGCCUCACCAGAUUCCUGGGUUUGAGGCCCGGCAGGAAGGAACAGCUCCAGGAACUGUGCAUGUGCAUGCAUACACCACAAGACAUUUUUUUCCCUGCAAAUUUAGUUUGUUAAAGCCUGUUCCAUAGGAAGGCCCUGAUAACCAGUAUGGAAACCUUGAUUAAGAGAUAUUUUAGAAGGCUAAAUGCAUUGAAAGUUAACUUGGAAGUCGAUAGAAUGAAAGAAAAAGUCCUAAAUAUUAUUACAGUGUGGGACAACUUUUACUGUUGGCCCUAUAGAGUCUUAAAAAACAAACAACGUGCUGAUUAUUGAAUAUGAUGGAAGGAAGGAGGGAGGAAACAGCAGUGGAUGGUGGGACAAGAAGGUUAUGUUAAGCACAAGAAACAGAAUAGUUUACAUACUUUAUGGGGGGACAGCUUCUCACACUUUGUUUACUAUCCUCAUUCAUUGUGAAUCUAGGCUUCAAGUUGCAUUUGGGGUUCCUCUGUACAGCAAGAUGUUUCUUGCCUUUUGUUAAUGCAUUGUUGUAAAGUAUUUGAUGUACAUUACAGAUGAAAAAAAAACCAAGUGCAUUGUGUAUAUUACACCAAUGCCACAGUGUUUCUUCAUCUAUGGUUCUAAAUAUUACUUAAAUUUCAAAAUUUUGAAGGAUGUAUGAAUUUCCAGUUUUUUUCUUUUCCCCGGUAUGUUUUAACAAAGACAAAAAAAGGAAUAUUUAGCAGUAUUGUUCGUUCUGAUAUGUGAAUUUGUUUGUGGCAACUAACCAAGGCAUUCAGCAGUUUCUGACAAUUAACAUAUAUCAUUCCACACUCCUUGUCAACGAAGUGCUUUUUCACUGCCUAAAAUUUUAGAUGUAGAUAUUUGAAAUAGAUUUUUUUCAUUUAUACCAGUUUUCUUUAUGAUGAUACAGUGUUAAAAGAAAAUAAAUUACAAUUGAUCUGUCAUCCAUAUUUGCUAAGAAUGUCUAUUUCCAAGAAUUUGUCAUGCAAAAUGCACAUUCUUGCUUGUGUGUGUGUGUGCGUGUGUGCCCAUGUAUGUAUAAUAAUCUGUGUGUGGUUUUUUGAUAGAAGUAAUUUCAUUUGCUGUUCUUGUAUAAGCUUUGUUAUUUUCUUUUCCCCAGGAUAAAUUGACUUCAGUCUGUUCUUUCUGUACUGUAUCCACUGUACUGACCAUUUAAUAACAUGGGAUCUUAAUCCUGAUGACAUGGAACUGUGGGAGUUUCACCCAUCCCCCUUCUUGGGCACCAAUCCUUUAAUACCCUCAGUUCUUUCCACAUUUUACCCCUCAGUUUCUACUCGUCCCCUAAAAAGAAGAGAAUCCUUAUAGAGCCAAAUCUGUAAUUCCACUUUCUGGCCAGCUGCUUACAUCUCCAGGGGAACUGGAAACUCUUCCAUUUACACUGCUGAAGGGGCUUAAUCCAUCAUCUCCCACUGUCCUCUACCACCAGAAUCUAGUCUUUAAUCUCACAUGAAGCUAAUAACUAGAUAGGAAUUAACAACAAUGAGAAACAAUCAUUUUUAGAAAUUAAGUGUACCUAAUUUUUCCUAACAUUCCUUUAAAUAUUGCCACUCCUCUCUACAUAAUUUAAUUCAGCCAAAAGUCAGCAAACAAUAGUUUCUUUGUCCAAAUUUAACUACAACCAGAAGAUAAUUUUACUCACCUACACAGACUUCGGAAAUAAAAAAGCUAAUUUCUAGAGAACAGCAUAGAUAGAGCUUAAAGAUAUUUAUAUGUUCUCCUGUCUUCUUCUCAAUUAGGUCAAAUGUGAAUUAGUACCUUUAAAAAUCACUUUUAAACUUUAACUGUACUGCAAAAUUUGUGGUAGGAAACCUGUAUUUCUGGGAUCCUUCACUGUAAUAUUACCAUUUCAUCCCCUUAUUGUGCCUCUACCAGGCACUUCUCCCCCUACCUCCCAACAUAGAAAUAUAGCUAUAUAUAUCCUAGGGGUCAGAACGAAUUUUACACUUCACCAGUGUCAUAGGACCAAAAUAAUACAGGUCAUAGAGGCAGAUAUCGUGGCAUAAACAUGAGUUAUCAGUUACCUAGUAUUCUAGAUUAAUAUUUCCAAAAAAUAGACAGUAAAAAAAAAACAUUAACAGGUCUCAGUGUGAAGGGGAAAAUAAAUACAUGCAGUAAAAAGAUGGUAAGGACAGCUGUAUACGAAGGGAAGCAAAAAGCACUACUCUUAACAAGAUCUUUAUAUUUUCUUUAUGAUACUGAUUGUAAAUACAUAGUUUGCAUUCACAACACUUUGGGACCAGGCACGCUUUUCCUCUUCCAGUGACCCUCAAGGAGCAUGGGCUACAGUUAGCCACUGCUGUUGUGUCUCCCCUGGAGUAGCACCAGACCUAGUGAAUGCACAAAAAAGCGUUUAUAGUUAGUAGAGCCAACCCUUUUGCUCAAAGGUACAUCUUAGGGAAAAAACUGAUUAUUAUUUUCUUCUUUUUUAUUAAAAUUAAAAAAAAUAAGGUUGGGUUUUACUUGAACUGUUAAAAUGGCCUCAGGGCCCAUAUAGGUUCCCUUAACAGUGAAGCCAGGUCAGCUGGUGACCUGUUCAUUACCUGAGAUAUAUUGGAUUAAAUGCACCAAGUGACAUGAAACCUUUGGUUUUGUUUUUUGUUUUCAUUCUUCUGAAGUGACUGAGUGUGAUCUCUGAGAGUAACAACUCUCCCUUGAGUCCUAAAGAGCCUCUUAGAUCUUGUGUUUUCUA